AUGGGAGUAGUAACAUUGUGUGAGGGAGUGGUGUUAAUGGGAGUAGUAUUGUGUGAGGGAGUGGUGUCAAUGGGAGUAGUAACAUUGUGUGAGGGAGUGGUGACAGUGGUUAUAGUAACAUUGUGUGAGCGAGUGGUGUCAAUGGGAGUAGUAACAUUGUGUGAGCGAGUGGUGUCAAUGGGAGUAGUAACAUUGUGUGAGCGAGUGGUGACAGUGGUUAUAGUAACAUUGUGUGAGGGAGUGGUGACAGUGGUUGUAGUAACAUUGUGUGAACGAGUGUUGUCAAUGGGAGUAGUAACAUUGUGUGAGGGAGUGGUGUCAAUGGGAGUAGUAACAUUGUGUGAGGGAGUGGUGUCAAUGGGAGUAGUAACAUUGUGUGAGGGAGUGGUGACAGUGGUUAUAGUAACAUUGUGUGAGGGAGUGGUGUCAAUGGGAGUAGUAACAUUGUGUGAGGGAGUGGUGACAGUGGUUAUAGGAAACACCUCAGAACUUCACUCUGGUUCUACUCAAACUGAGGGAAACACCUCAGAACUUCACUCUGGUUCCACUCAAACUGAGGGAAACACCUCAGAACUUCACUCUGGUUCCACUCAAACUGAGGGAAAUACCUCAGAACUUCACUCUGGUUCCACUCAAACUGAGGGAAACACCUCAGAACUUCACUCUGGUUCCACUCAAACUGAGGGAAACACCUCAGAACUUCACUCUGGUUCCACUCAAACUGAGGGAAACACUUCAGAAAUUCACUCUGGUUCCACUCUAACUGAGGGAAACACCUCAGAACUUCACUCUGGUUCCACUCAAACUGAGGGAAACACCUCAGAACUUCACUCUGGUUCCACUCAAACUGAGGGAAACACCUCAGAACUUCACUCUGGUUCCACUCAAACUGAGGGAAAUACCUCAGAACUUCACUCUGGUUCCACUCAAACUGAGGGAAACACCUCAGAACUUCACUCUGGUUCCACUCAAACUGAGGGAAACACCUCAGAACUUCACUCUGGUUCCACUCAAACUGAGGGAAACACUUCAGAAAUUCACUCUGGUUCCACUCUAACUGAGGGAAACACCUCAGAACUUCACUCUGGUUCCACUCAAACUGAGGGAAACACUUCAGAAAUUCACUCUGGUUCUACUCAAACUGAGGGAAAUACCUCAGAACUUCUCUGGUUCCACUCAAACUGA